UUCCUUUUUGAGUACCAGAUGAUGAAGACACCUUGCCACAUAGAAAGAAUUUACAAUCCCACAUAUAGAAAAGAAGGAGACCUAAUCAUUGCCGGAUUCUUCUCGCUUUUUGUGAAGGUACAGGAUCAUAUGAGAAUAAAUUUAUUUCAAGAGUCUCCUUUCUGGACUUUUGCAGAACCAAACUCCACCACUUUCUGAAGUGUAUCAAUUCUGUCACUAAUGCCAGUGAUGAGUCAUGUUGGAAUGGAACCAAGCCAGUUGCUGAGGCUUAUGAUAUCCUAAAUUAUAAAUCCUUCCCUGGUCAGAUAGAGACACUGGUCAAAGUGGGUGAAGUGUAUCCUCUUGCUCAGAGAUUCACCAUUAAGGAAGAAGACAUAGAUUGGCCAGACAAUUUCCAUCAGGAGAGCUUUGAAAUCAUCAUUUCCUCACUAAAUCCAUCUUUCAGCAGUCCUUCUUUGAAUGACAUUUUCUCCCUUUCUCUGAUGGAAAUACAGACUCCAACUUCCAUGUGCAGCAUGAAAUGUGUCCCUGGAUUCAAGAAAACAUCUCUUGAAAACCAACCCAUUUGCUGCUUUGCUUGCACCCCGUGUCCUGAAGAGAAGAUUUCAAGCCAAACUGAUGCAGAGGAGUGCCUGCAGUGCCCUGAAGAUCAAUAUCCUAAUAAGGAGAGAGAUCACUGCCUUCCCAGGACUGUGACCUUCCUGGCCUAUGAAGAACCUCUGGGAAUGACUCUGGCCUGUGCAGCCAUCUGCUUCUCCCUUCUCACUAUGUUGGUCCUGGGGGUCUUUCUGAAGCAUAGAGACACCCCUAUAGUCAAAGCCAAUAACCGCAGUCUCAGCUAUACUCUGCUGGUCUCCCUCAGCCUCUGCUUCCUCUGCUCCUUGCUUUUCAUCGGCCAUCCUACCACAGCCACCUGCCUGUUGCGCCAAACCACAUUUGCAAUUGUCUUCACAGUGGCUGUUUCCUCCAUUUUGGCUAAAACCAUCACUGUGGUUUUGGCUUUCAAGGCCACCAAACCAGGGAGCAGGCUUCGGAGCUGGCUGGGAUCCACAGCAUCUUACUCUCUCAUUUUCACCUGCACCCUCAUCCAAAUGUGUCUCUGUGGCAUCUGGCUUGGGACAUCCCCCCCCUUCCUGGAGAUGGACAUCCACUCUGAGCCUGGCUCCAUUAUCAUCCAGUGCAAUGAGGGCUCCCUCCUCAUCUUCUACUGUGUCCUGGGCUACAUGGCCUUGCUGGCCUUGGCGAGCUUCACCGUGGCUUUCCUGGCCAGGAACCUGCCGGACACUUUCAACGAAGCCAAGUUCUUGACCUUCAGCAUGCUUGUGUUCUGCAGUGUCUGGAUCUCUUUCCUGCCCUCGUACCAGAGCUCCAAGGGCAAGGCCAUCGUGGCCUUGGAAGUCUUUGCCAUCUUGACCUCCAGUGCCGGGAUUCUCACUUGCAUCUUUGCUCCUAAGUGCUUUGUGAUCCUUCUAAGAUCAGAACAAAAUACUCUGGGACUACUUAAAAAGAAAGUUACUUCCUGAGAAGCCAAGUCUUCUCAAGUUCAUUAGUCACAGUCAAGGAACUCCUUUGAUCCUACAGUCCGAGUCAUAAUAAAAUAUGAGAAAUGUAUCUGCUUCAUUUGCCUGUUUUCUCUAAUAUUCAUAUUUUUAUUUGAAUAUAAUAGCAUUUUGAAAGCAUACUCUUGCCUGAUUUUAGAAUAGAGGUAGAAUGGGAUCAGUUGCUGUUUUGAAUUAUUUUACAGAUUGCAGACAAUACGUGAAUUACAUUUAAAAAAUAUUGAUGGAAAAAGUUGAAUUUAAAUAAAUGACAUUCUGGUUUCCAAUUCUAAUCUUUAAUAAGUCCAUCCAGCAUUAUGAGAGAAGGUUUAUAGGAAAAUGCUUACAAACUAAUUAAUUUGUUGUGUAGAAUGGUUUCUAAACCAGUGAAUAUGUACUAGAAGUUGUUUAGCCUUUCACUUUUCCAUCAAUUAUGUAAUUGUAGAAUGAUCAUUGGAUCGGGAAAUCUGUUCCAAAGUCUUAUUAUUUCCAUCAAAUACAUCUUGUAACAAUAGCAUAUAAAUAGUUGGUUUUCAUGGAACAAUAAAAAUGAGACAAUAAUAA